ACCAUAACCACUAACACAACAGCUCGAGAUGGCGCCAAACGACAGUAAGAAGGGCUCCAAAGCCGGCAGCAAGUCUGCGAAAGCGAACGCUGCCGCGAAGGCAACUCUGAAAGGCGUCAAUUCGCACAAGGCCAACAAGGUCCGCCUUUCGGCGACCUUCCACCGCCCGAAGACUCUGCGUCUGUCUCGCACUCCCCGAUACCCGCGCAAGUCGAUACCUUCGGAGCCGCGCAUGGAUGCUGCAACUGUGCUCAUUCACCCGCUCAACACCGAAUCCGCAAUGAAGAAGAUUGAGGAGAACAACACCCUCGUUUUCAUCGUCAAUGUCAAGGCCAACAAGCGCCAAAUCAAGGCUGCGCUGAAGACUCAGUACGACGUGGACUGCGUGAAGAUCAACACACUUAUCCGACCAGACGGCACCAAGAAGGCCUAUGCCAGACUGACCCCAGACGUCGAUGCUCUCGACAUCGCUGCGACCAAGCUCUCCAUUGUUUAAGCGUUUAAAAAAGGGAUUGGGCUGUACUUUCUUAUGGUGGCUGGGAUAAGGAUUCUCGCCGCAUAUAGUUAUGAUGGCAAUAUAUAGGAUCAGCGCGCUGCGCGAUCUACGUUCCAAAAGAUGAUACCCGUGCCAACUCAGAUACCCGCUCACCUUUAUAUACUUCCGCCAAUGUGUUAUUCAU